AUGAAGAUUGUUUCUGCCUUCACCAUUAUUACCGGUAUCGUCACAUUGAUGACCACAUCCUGCAGUGCUUCUGUCUGCCUAACCCUCAAUAUUCCGGACAACCUCGGUGCGGGAACUAUGACAGCAAUUCCAGCCCCUACUGGAACAACGGAUGUCACUUGCGACGUUGCUUGCACCGCCGGCAACAACCGAGUUAGAAUGUUUCAAGGUGGGACAAGCGGGGACACUACAACUUCUUGCGGAACCUCCGUUUCCGCCAAGACAUCAGCCGAUACUCUGUUUGUGGAUUAUUUUGCGGAUAGCAACCUAAACCUGGUGAUUACGUGUUCUUGCGAUAAUCUCAGCACGGCUGCUCCGACUCCCGUUCCCGCUUCCUCUUGUUUCUCCGAGGAAGCCACUGUGGCAGUGGAACAACCAGGCCAAGGCCAAGCACCGGUACCUACCAAGAUGACUGAGUUGGAGAUUGGAGACAUGGUCUUGACAGCCAACAACCGCUUCCUGCCCAUCUAUGCCUUUGCUCACAAUGAUGCCACCACUGACACAGAAUUCCUCCAAAUCUACACCACAAGUGCCUACAAACCAUUGGAAGUCACUGGUCAGCAUUUGGUCUAUGUGCAGGGGAAGGAUGCCCCAGUCACGGCCAAAUCCAUCAAGGUUGGUGAUAGUCUCUCCCAUGCUCAAGCUGGACAUGGACAAGACGGAGCUGCUGUCGUCACCAAGAUUGAGACUGCCCAGCGCCAGGGAAUCUAUGCUCCUCUGACUCAGGAUGGCACCCUUGUGGUGGAUGGCAUUGCAACCUCCUGCUACAUUUCCCUCCAACCCAAUGGCGAUCCUCAAACCAUGGAACUACAAGGCCACGGCCACUCUGUGUUGUCCAUGUUCUCUCACCAUCGUGUUGCGCACCUGCUCAUGACUGUGCCUCGUUUGGUUUGCAUGGGUGGGAUCAACCCCAAGUGGUGCCAGAAGUACAACAAUGAUGGCGUGGCUCAUUUUGUGCAGAUGGCGUUUGAUUUGUCCGACUGGUUCCAUGCCCAGCAUUGGGUGGUUCAGUUGUUCCUUUUGGCUGUCUUCUUGGUUGUCUUAAGUCCCCUCUAUGCCUUGGAGCUCUUGUUUGGUUCCAAGCUGGCUGCUGUAACGAUUGUUGGUGGAUUGGUCUUUCUGGGUUUUGUCCAUGGAAACAAUAGUGCUGCUGCUGCUGUGGACCCAUCAAUGGAUUUGAAGAAGGAAGUUUGA